UGUUGCAUUCUUUAGUUUAGUUUCUCAAGAGAGAUAUAACCAAAGUACCUUUUACACUCAGUGUAGGCCUAUUCUCAUGUCCUGGCCCAACCCUAAUAUAGUUUAGUGGACAUUUCUGACACAUGGUCAUUUUGGACUAUGGACAUUGGGCAAUGUCAGUGGACAUUGUGGACACAUUGUGUCAAAAUGUAGAUUGUUUCCCAGUGAAUGAGAAUCUCCGUACAGCCACAGCUUAAAACCGUCUGCUAAGAACCAUUAUCAUAACCAAAUUAAAUAAGUAUGUUCACACAGAACAAGAAUGUUUGAAUAUUACCAUUGUGCUUCCAGUGAAUAUAACCAGGUGACAUUGCCAAUGGCAGUUCCUGUUCUUGGUAUGAUGUCCGGGACCGUCUUUGCUGCCAGUAAGGCAAAGCAGAAUAGUGACACAUUGAUGAUUGAUGAACUGUCCCUCUACACGACUCCUCAGACGCGGCUGAAGUACGAGGAGCGGGGGGCGGGGCCUGUGGAGGAGGGCGUGGCCUCUCUGAGGAAGGCAGCGGAACCCUACACGGCGCUGUGCCAGCAAACAGGCGCUACUGCAAUGGAUAAAGUCCAGGAAGCGUAUAAAACAGUGGAACCCUCCAUAAGCAGUUCGGUGCAGCUUGCAAAAGAUGGUUAUGAGCUAUUCAAUGACCCCCCACCCAAAUUGUUUCCCAGUUUGGGGGCUAUUGGUUUCUCAGGAAUCCUUGGACUUUACCUGGCUAAAGGCUACAGAGUAAGGAGGUUGCUAUUUCCUACAACACUGAUGGCUCUGAGUGCUUCGGUGUUCUACCCACAACAUGCCGCGUCCUUGGCCAUGACGACCAAAGACCAGCUUCACUCCUGGGGCUCCCAGGGCCGUGUUCAGGCCGAGGACCUCUGGAAGAAAAUGUCUUCUCUUUUGGGAACAACCGAGAGGAAGAAGUCGGACAAGUCCAGCAGUCCCAAGUCCUAAGGCCGAUAGCAGUGCUGUGUCGUCUCCCGCUCCUUCCAUUAACACAGUCCGCCGUCUGUCAUGAAAUGUGCUCCUUCUCCUGGCACUGUUAACCCAUACUGAGAGCUGCUGAAUGUGUUACAUACACACACACACACACACACACACACACACACACACACCCAGCGGCCAACAAGCACCCUGGUUUAGCUUGUGUUUAUAUUUAUUCAACCCACUUCUGGUUAUUUUUGCACUGGAAGGAAGUUCUGUAGAUAUCUAUAUGAUGGGAAGUCCUGUAGAUAUGAUCUAUAUGAUGAGAAGUCCUGUAGUUAUCUAUAUGAUGAGAUUAUGUGAUCAGGUACAGGAUGACGUUAAAGAGGACAUGUCUUAAUGUGUGUAAUAUUUUUUGAUUACAUGUUGGAUCUAUGUUUUAAUAUCACACUAAGAGGCUUCAUGUCUCAUGCAUCACUAUCAUAUCCUGGCUGAGUCAGCCGCAUGGGCACUAGCGCUUUAACUGAAGGAAGUUCAGUGAAGCAACUAAAGAAAACAGAAAGGGUUACCUGUCCUUGCCUCUAAACGUCGUAUUACACACACACUAUGGUACUCGGGUAAAACAAACUGUGGUAAGUGAGUGUAUGGACGAGGAUAAGUUGCGUUAUGUUAAGAUUAUGAUGUCAGGGAUCAAAAGAGUCAAAACACUCAAGUUCUGGACUGCUUCGCUGACGUAGAUUUCUGUGGUGGUUUUGGUUUAUGUCAUUUGGCUUUGCUUAUAUUUUUUGUAUAUAAAUUAUAAUUAAUUUAUAAUGAAUAAAUUAAUUAGUUGACAUAAUGAUUUUGUAUUGAUGAAGACGAAGCACUGUUUAAUUUAAGAGUCAAGCGAACAUCAAGGCAGUAGCUUCCUUUGUGAUUCAAAAGUGAAAGUUGAACUUGUGGCUUACAGAUGGAGAGCAAGUCUGUUAUUUUUGUUUGUUUCUUUGUGGCUUAAAAGGAAGUCUCUUGCGCUGUUAUUUUCUAUCUCUGAACUACUCACCACCGUUUCAAUAAAAUGGUUUUGACUCUGAAAUGAGUUCUGUACAACACAAAUACUGUACUAUAUUUCUCUUCAGAAUAAGUGUAGUUUAGUAUGGCUGCUGGCUCAUAACAAUUUGAUCUUAAAGGGCUUAGUUUGGCAUGGGCAUAGUGUCACUUGUAAUACAGUGUUAGUGUUCAGCCUCCUAACUUGCAUGUUCUAA